AUGCGGUUCAAGGUCAAGUACAGUCGGCUCACGGUGCCCAUCGGUUCGCGGUACCGUUCCGAACGGACUUUGAUGAAGGCUAAGAUUCCUAGGUCUCCAUUGUGGAAAUGUCUCCCAACGACAUGGGACAUUAUCACCAAGUCUUGUAUCCAGAAUUACUUUGCCUCAGCCCCUACCACUCUUGUGCACAUGCGAGAGGCCCUGAAGACUGCCGCCAAGAAUAGACCUAACGACGAGUUGGAGCAAUUGAAAGCUGAGCUUUGCUUGAUUUCCGGGAGCGCCUCGGCUCGAUUGGGCAGUCCUACCAUCCACUUUGACAAGCUUACCGACUUCCUUCCCAACUACAACCAUGACGUGACUGUAGAGGAUGACUCAUGCAACGAUUACUCUGAUGACGACUAUGACCCUCCCCAGGUCAUUCCCGAGGAAGCCAGCCUGUCUCAGCGCUCAAUGAGCCACAGGUCAGGUCAGUACACCAUAACUGCACCAGAAGAAUUGCCUUCGUCACAAGAGGCUGCCUCCUUGCAAGAGCCUACAUCAUCCCAAGACUUUUCCUCAGUCGACAGAGACCAAGAAAUAUCAUAA